UGCCCCUCUCUGUCUUCUCUACCCUGGGAGCAGCUCUCCUGCCUUGGCCCCUCACCCCUGAAAAUGUAUGCCUGCUCCAAGUUCAUCUCCACCCGCUCCUUGAUCAGGAGCACCUCUCAGCUGCUGAGUCGUCCCCUGUCUGCAGUGGAGUUGAACCGACCACAGACUUGGACAGAUGAGGGCUUCAGCAGCUUGGCAGCCCCUCGUCCUCUGACCUCACUCAUCCCUAGCCGCAGCUUCCAAACCAGCGUCAUUUCCAGGGACAUUGACACAGCCGCCAAGUUCAUUGGGGCUGGGGCUGCUACAGUUGGGGUGGCUGGCUCUGGGGCUGGCAUUGGAACUGUUUUUGGGAGCCUCAUCAUUGGUUAUGCCAGGAACCCUUCUCUGAAGCAGCAGCUCUUCUCCUACGCGAUUCUGGGCUUUGCCCUCUCAGAAGCCAUGGGGCUCUUCUGCCUGAUGGUGGCCUUUCUCAUUCUCUUCGCCAUGUGAAGCAGCUGUCUCCACUU